AUGCCCGAAGUCGAAGGCGGCGCGGUGCCGAAUCAAAGCAAGGGAUCGUGGUCUUCUUUUCUCAAAUCCAUUGCCUCUUUCAAUGGCGACUUGUCCUCGCUAACUGCCCCGGCCUUCAUUCUCUCCACACAAUCACUGGUCGAAUUCUCUGCGUACUGGGCUGAAAACACGUCGUUAUUCAUUGCACCGACUCAAGAGACGGAUCCCGCCAGACGCGCUCUUUUGGUACUCAAGUGGUUGCUUAACACCCUGAAACAACAGUACAGUUCUCGCUCGGAAAAGCUUGGCUCGGAGAAGAAGCCACUCAACCCAUUCCUAGGCGAGCUGUUCCUGGGGAAAUGGGACGACGAAUUUGGCGAGACAACGUUGGUCUCGGAGCAAGUCAGUCACCAUCCUCCAGUCACAGCCUACUGCAUCACCAAUGAGAAGCACCGCAUACGACUACAAGGCUACAACGGUCAGAAAGCCAGCUUUAGUAGAACCAUUCAAGUUAAACAAAUUGGACACGCUCUCUUGACCUUACAUCCUCCGGACAGCGACCAUGCAGAGACCUACCUCAUCACCCUGCCCGCUAUACAUAUUGAAAGCCUCAUCUACGGAGCACCAUUUGUCGAGUUGGGCAAAUUCAUCCAUAUUGUCUCGAGCACUGGAUACGUCGCCAAGAUCGACUUUACCGGCAAGGGCUGGCUCUCUGGGAAAAAGAAUAGCUUCACGGCGUCGUUGUGGAGGGAGGGUGAAAGCUCGGAGAAGAAUCCCCUAUACACAGCUGAUGGCCAAUGGUCUGACACAUUUACCAUCAGAGAGGGCGACAGCAAGAAGGGCAGAGAGAUCGAAACCUUCAAACCAUCAAACAUCACGCUGUCCAAGCUGAACGUCGCAUCCAUAGAGGAGCAAGACGUGUUUGAGAGUCGGAGAGCGUGGUCAAGGGUCGCCCAAAGCAUUGAGAAGGGUGAUAUGGAUGCUGUGGCGCACUAUAAGUCCAGGAUCGAGAAUGCCCAGCGGGCGUUGCGCAAGAAGGAGCAAGAAGAAAAGCGAAAUUGGGAACGGGUGUUUUUCGUUCAAGCAGAUCCACAGGAUAGACUGGAAAAGACGUUCCAGGACCUGGUAAAGGUGGUUACCAACUUCGGUGUCAACAGCUGGGAAGGCGUCACGGCCGAUAAAACAGCUGGAAUAUGGAGGUACAGCGAGGAAAAAGCUGCCACGGCAAAGUCACCUUUCCACAAGGAGGGACUGUUGGCCCUGGGAGAGAAUCCAGAUGGGACGUCUGCACCCAUGAGCAGAGUCCCAACGAACCAGAGCACGAACCCGGCAAACUGA